AUGGGUCCGUGCGACUACUCGUCCGCGUCGUCAAGUAACACAGGAUUCGGCAUCAUGUCAGAGAUCCUUCAAGGCCGAAGCGCGCCAAGCAACACGUCAGCACCGCCAUGCACCCCAACAGAAUCAGUUUCGUCAGUCAUGCUCAUUUCGGUAACCGUUGUGGGAUUCGUCAUCAUUAUCUUCGCUACAGGCCUCAUCGUUUACAUCUUUCGCAAGCUCGGGUGGUUCUACGUGACAGACCCUGCGACCGAACGAUUGAGGGAACUUCGCGAAUCCGUGAGCGUCGCUAAGCCUUCGCAGGGUCUGGAUCCGGCAGAGAUUCGCGCUUUCCCAGUUUACACGUUCCGCGGAGACAACACCUUCAGUUGCGAGGUUACCACUGCGACACCCGGUCUACCUUCGUUUCGCAUUUUCAGUCGCGAAAUCUCGCGGUCGUUCAGCUCCUCCCGUCCAAUCAGCAGAAACGUUACGAUCUCCCGUUGUUCUACAAGGGAAGAAAGCAGUAGCAGCAGCGAAGCCUUGUCAGCUGACAACCCUAACGAAACUGGUUCCGCGCGAGGCGAAUUCGUGGUUACCAUCGAAGGCGACGACAACGACAAGGUCCCACAAAACGACGACGAGGCCCUCAUUGCGAGUCUGGCGUGGGCGUGUCGGCGCGAGUGCGCGGUGUGCCUGGGCGAGUACGCGGCGGGCGAGCGCAUCAAGGUGGUGCCGGCGUGCGCACACGGCUUCCACGCCGACUGCAUCGACCUCUGGCUCGCCGCCAAAACCACCUGCCCCAUCUGCCGCCGAGACCUCUCGCCUGGUAAAGCCGCCGUUGCUCCCACCGACUCCACCAUCCCCAUCUCACCCACCACCCAACAAGGGGAUCCAGUACCUGACGCCUCUGUAGCGAACGGAACGGUAACAUAA